AGUUAUUGAGGCUGAUUCAGUGAAUUGUGUUUGUGUAUGUUUCCCAUUUUGACCUCCACCAACCCACGACCCACCCCGUGGCCUCAUCAAAGAGGCAACCUGGUUUUCUUUUCCAUUAAAGAAAGAAGGUAGGUUGGUGAAAUUUCUAUAUUCAAAUAAUCUAUAAUAUUCAUCGUCGUCCUCCAGAGCUCUAAAACCCUAACCCAUUUCAUUGCAUUGCAUUUCGUUUCCUUUCAUUCCCAGAGUUUAGAUGGCGACCCUAUCAAAGAUAUCGAACCCAGUCGCAGCGGGAUCAUCAUCAACAGGGUUCAACAACACUAGAUCUUCGACUUCUCAGCGUUGUUUUAUUCUAGAUUUUAACUCCAAAUCGCCCUUCAAAUCAUCUCGCUUUUCUUUGUCUGCUAAUCGCGCUUCAUCCUUUCCCUUCCUUGUGAAAUGCUCACAGUCCACUGGAAAUGGAAGCCCUGUAAAAAGGACAACUUUGCAUGAGCUCUACGAGAAGGAGGGGCAGAGUCCCUGGUAUGAUAAUCUCUGCCGACCUGUCACUGAUCUGCUCCCUUACAUUGCUAAUGGUGUUAGAGGUGUCACCAGCAACCCUGCGAUUUUUCAGAAAGCUAUAUCCUCUUCAGAUGCUUACAACGAUCAAUUCAGGGAACUUAUAAAAUCUGGGAAAGAUAUUGAGAGUGCUUACUGGGAGCUGGUAAUCAAGGACAUUCAAGAUGCAUGCAAACUUUUUGAGCCAAUAUAUGAUCAAACAGACGGAGCUGAUGGUUAUGUUUCGGUUGAAGUUUCUCCUAGACUUGCUGAUGACACCAAAGGCACCGUGGAAGCUGGCAAGUGGCUUCAUAGAGUUGUUAACCGCCCAAAUGUUUACAUAAAAAUUCCGGCUACUGCUCCCUGCAUCCCUUCAAUAAAGGAAACUAUCGCCAACGGUAUAAGUGUCAAUGUUACUCUCAUUUUCUCUCUUUCAAGGUACGAGGCUGUGAUAGAUGCAUACUUAGAUGGGCUGGAGGCAUCUGGUCUCGAUGACCUCUCCAGAGUGACAAGUGUGGCUUCCUUUUUUGUUAGUAGGGUUGACUCCUUGAUUGAUAAGUUGCUUGAAAAGAUAGGAACGCCAGAAGCUCUUGAUCUCCGUGGGAAGGCUGCUGUGGCCCAAGCAACUUUGGCAUACCAACUUUAUCAGAAGAAAUUUUCUGGUCCAAGGUGGGAGGUGUUGGUUAAAAAAGGUGCAAAGAAGCAGAGGGUACUGUGGGCUUCUACAAGUGUAAAGAAUCCAUCCUACCCAGAUACUCUCUAUGUUGACCCACUGAUUGGACCUGAUACUGUUUCAACCAUGCCGGAUCAGGCCCUUGAAGCAUUUAUUGACCAUGGAACAGUAUCUAGGACAAUAGAUAGAAAUGUCUCUGAGGCUGAAGGCAUAUAUAGUGCACUUGAAAAGUUGGGAAUCGAUUGGAACCAGGUCGGCUCUCAGCUGGAAGUCGAAGGAGUGGAGUCUUUCAAGAAGAGCUUUGACAGCCUGCUUGAUACCCUGCAAGAGAAAGCAAACUCCCUGAAUUUGGUUAACCUAUAAUUCUAUGAAUCAGAGGGUUUUAAAAUAAAUGAUGUAUUUUAAUGAGUGUAUAACUGAUCGGGUUUUAUGCAUUUGUAUUUUAACAAAUAUAUAUGUUGUUAGAGACUUGAAUAAAAGUGGCUGGGUCGCAUAAGUGCUAGGUGGAUUUGCCGUCUGUCAGUUGUGGCAUGGCAUGGCAUGGCAUUUGACCCAGUAUGAUUUUUAUAUUAUCAACUUAAGAUCAAACAGUUGGACAUUUCGUUUCUGUUUA